AUGCUAUUUUUCACUUUAAUUUUCAUCUUUUUACUUCAUAUCACAAAGUCAAACUCCUUUUCGUUUUCUCACAAAACUCACUUCCAACCCUUUAAUUAUCGCAACCACUCCAUUAACAGUAACACUGCAAAUGGAGUUAAUGUAAAUACAAGUGAGAAUGAUGUGGUAGAAGGUAUUGAAUCUGAGCGGUCAAAGAAGAUAAAGUUGUUGAGAUCCUCAACUGGGAGAGGUGCUCAGGAGUGUUAUAAGGCCUUAAUUAAGGCCAAUGGUGAUGUUAAACUGGCUUCUCAAAUCAUUUUAAACACCCUCAACGAACAUAAAGAUAACUCAAACAAUGGCGGUGAGAUAGUGAUGUUGUUGGAAGGAACAAUAGCGUUGAGUUGCACCGAUAAAGUUUGCUGUAUGGUUGACGUGAGAUGUGACACUGAUUUUGUAGCCAAAAAUAAACUCUUUACCUCAUUUGCAAAGUCAUUUUGCAACUCCUCUCUGCAUUCUUUUCUUCAACAUUCUAAUACUGGGACUGCUCAGACAUUCGAUGAUUUCCGGAAUGAGAUACUAAAUAACCCAUGUUUAAGGUGUGGUAAGACUGUUGGCGAGACUGGCAAGUUUGUUAAAGGCGCUUUAAGGGAAUCGAUUUCAGUGGCAAGAAUAUCAUUUCUGGAGUCAGAUCCUGGGGAUUUCUUCGUUUCAUAUAUCCACUCUUCUCUAGAUCCUAAAUUUUCACCUUCUUACUCAGGCACUGCCGGUUCAAUUUUAUCUUUCCAAAUCGGUGAUUAUAAUUCAUUUUACAAUUAUUACAAUGAGGCAGAUACCAGUGGGCUAAGUAUAGAUGGUGAGCAUGGUGAAGAUGGACAAAUGGGCUUGAAUUGUUGUUUGGAAGGCAAGGAGUGUAUAUAUUCCGAUGUGAAGAAUAUUACAGAGUUUAAUAGGGAUUUGGAAACUGAUGAACUUAAAAUUUUUCUGAGAGAAAUUGCCAUUCAUGCGGUCGCCGAGAAACCCAAGGAAAUUGAUAUUGAGAGAUUCGAUAGUGGAGGUAGUGUUGAGAUGGAGAGGGAAUUGGAAAGUUUAAUAUCUUCUGGAAAAUCAAAAGAAAUUGCUGAACGUAUUCUUAAAGGGAAAUUACGUAAAAAAUACGGUCAAGAUGUUCUAAUGGAACAAGUUACACCUUACUUAAUAUAUAUAGUAUGGACAUUUGGAGAUGGGAAUGAGUCGGUUUCUGAAGUGAUUGAGAAAAUGAGUAAAAAAGUAUCAAGAGAAAUAAAAUUAAAGAAAUACAUUUCCUACGCAAUUUCUGAUGAUUUGAUUAAUUAUAAACAUCCUCAAAAUUGUACUUUCUACAAUACUAAUAUCGCUUUCUAA